AUGACAGCAACAACGGCGGUGGACGAAUGUCCUUCCACGGUAUCCACCAUUCGCUCGCUUGUGCCUCGGAGGUUCCACUCCACGGAGGCUUUUAGCGACGGCGAUUCGUCUACGCUCACCGGCGGCCCCAGAAGCGCCUACGCAGGGUUGGAGCCCUUUAUCCGCACGUCCAUCACUGAUCGCAUUCACGACGGCAUCUACGAGACGGACAUCGGUCACAAGUCCACUCUCGGCGGUCGGGUCAAGCGCGGGGAGAUCCGCUGCCCGAAAUUGUCUCGCUACGGGAAGCGAUUCGCCGACGAUGCCGCGGGCCUAGAACGGCAAGAGCUCAUGGGCCCGGGAUACUACGACACGUCUCCGGGCAUCGACGCUACGUCCAAAGCUUCGAUGAUCUUGCCGCUUCCACGUUCUGCGAUAGGACCUGGGCAGUACGAAGCGAGGCCGGUUACCUCGACAGGGUCGGCACGGCUGGAAUUCUCGACCACCGUGAGGUGGACCAAAGAGCCGUCAAGCGGGGCGUCCCCCAACCAGGGACCCUGGGACGAUGUGGAAGACGCGUGGGGUCGAGGGGGGUACAUCGAGCGUGCCGUCCCCCGGGAAUGCAAGUCGUAUCUACCCCAGGAGAUUCUACGAUACAUGACUCGCCUAGAACUUGACCAUUUCGGCAAAGAAUCUUUUGCGACGGCGAUGCGACGACACCCGAAGAGGUAUGCGGCGAGUUUCAGCAACACCCAGGAACCCGACUGGCGUGUCAACGGAAACCCCAACCUGGGGCCGGGCACCUACGCCAUCGAACUCGCCGAGAGCCUCACUCUUCCCGCGCCGCAGGGAGGAGCCGGGGAUGCCGAUCCGGCACGGCCGUCCAUCCCCUUCCGCGUCCGCCGCACGCCGUUCGAUACCCGACGCCUCGCUGACGGCUACAAGACUCUCAAACCGCGGUUCUCCACCCCACGCACUGCCCUCUACUUGUCGGAGCUGCCCAGAGGAACUGCUGGGGUGGUUUCUGACCCCCCAGACCCCCCCGCCACGACCAUGAGUGAACGAAAGGCAGGCGGGACGAUCCGACCUGGGGCAGUAUGCCGGAAACGCCUAUCGCCGGCUGCCAAGGGCGGCUGCUUCGUGUGCAAGAAGAACGACAAGCAGGACCUCAUCCUCCUGUGCGACGGCUGCGAAGGCGAGUACCACACCUUCUGCGUGGACCCCCCCCUCCGCAAGAUCCCCGACGACGAGUGGUUCUGCGAGCACUGCAAGGCCGCCGGCAAAGCAGGGCCGAAGGAAUCCAAGUAUACCGGCGUCUACUGGAGCGGCACGACCAGGAUCGGCGGUGUCCGCACGGCUGUGUGGACGGCCAAGAUCCGCAGGCGGUCCGGCCGCCGCGAGGCGAUCAUCGGCUCGUACCAUUCCGAGAAGGAGGCUGCCGGAGCCUACGACGCGGAGGCGAAAAGGGUUUUUGGCGACACCCACCCCGCGCUUAACUUCCCGAACGGUAGCUGGGAGGAUGAGCCGGACGAGCCCGAGGGACCGAGCCAGCCGCAGAAGACCGAGGAGAAGAAGCCACAGCAGCCGAAGCAGCCACAGCCGGUCACACAGCAGCCGAGGCAGCCGCAACCGGUCACACAGCAGCCGAAACAGCCCGAACAGCAGUCGAAACAGCCCAAACAGCCACGCCAGGUCGAGCAGCCUGCCAAGCAGCAGCCUGCCAAGCAGCAGCGGGCCGAGCCGCCGCCGCCGCCGCCGGUCGAGACGCGCCCCCUCUCGCGAAAAGAGCCGGCGGUGCGGAUCAAGACGAGCCAGGCGGUUCCCCUGUUGAGGCCUCCUGUGCUCAGCGGGCACUACCCCGGUGCCGGACAAGGUCCAGAAGGCAGCGACGCCUGGGUCGACAUCAGCGACGUCGGCGGCCAGGGCACCAGCACGUCUCGUGCGCGAGGAGGAGGGGGAGGAGGAGGAGUAGGAGCUGGCGGCGGGAGCAGCGGCGUUGCGUCCGUCAUCUUCAACGCGUCCGCGGGUGCCGGCGUUGGAACCUCUCAGAGGCUCUCGAUCAACGUCCCAGCUCGGGGCGCCUGCGGGGAGAUGUCCAGCGGGGCGUCAUCGGCGUCGCGCAAGGGGAAGGGGAAGAAACCGAGCGGUGUUCGCGGUGGCGGGGCGGACGCGGGCGGCCAGAAGCGGGCGAAGGUUGCCAAGGGGUUGGAGGGGCACAAAGAAGGGACCGGUCAAGGCCUUGCCGCUGUGAUGAACCACGGCUCCACGAAAGCCAACACCGGCCACAUUAACAACGGCGUCGGCACCGGCGUCGGCGGCGUGACUCCGCCUGCCGCGGGAUUCAGGGUCGGGAACGCAAAGGUGGCCGGGAGCCAUCCCCGCGCCGCCACUCCGACGCACUCCGGCGGCAAGAAAGGUGGUUCUGGCGGCGGCGUCGGUGCUUCAGCGGGUGGAGCGGCCGGCGGGGCGCCGCCUGACUCCGAGCGGACGGGUCCCUCCGGAGCGAAGGGGAAGGGGAAGGGGAAAGGGAAGGGGAAGAAACGGUCUCCUUGGGGCGGGAAGGACUGGGCCGGGAAGGCCGCGUCCCAGGCGGUCAAGGACGAGCUCCUGGCGGAAGUCUCGCUGUGGAGCAUCGCGCAAGAUGGAACCUUGGUCGGGGAAGACGGCAACCACUUCUUCUGCAGUGCUUGCGGCGAGUCCGGCGACCUCACCUGCUGCGACGAGUGCCCCCGGGUGUUCCACGAGGAAUGCCUCCCGAUCGGCACGGAUAGCCACCUUGCCGCCAACCGCCAAACGGAGGAGGACCCGUGGUACUGCCCAUCCUGUACCGACGCCGGGCGGGUCAAUCUGAUAGCCGGGGAUCUACACCGAAAGAAAGAGCCUAACUGGACGCCGGAGGAUCGCACGCAGAUGACCAAACGCGAGGAGACUAAGGCGAAGAAACCCCACAAGGCCAAAUCGCAGCCUAAAGGCGGCGAGCUCCAGCGGGAGAGGUCAUCGUCUGUGACGACCUCACCGCUGCUGACGAGCCGCGAAAAGAAGGCCAGGUGCAAGAACCCAAAGCGCGCGGCGGCGGCCGCGGCGGCGGCUGCGGCUGCGGCGGCCGCGGAGGAGGCGGCGGCGGUGGCGGCGGCGCAGGGGUACUCUACCGUGCCGCUGAUGGUGGUCAACGUCAACGACGCGGUGGAUCCGCCGCGCGAAGUCAGCCGGGUCAAGGUCUUCUCCCCUGAGCUGGACAACCUCCUCCUGCGGUCCCUGCUGUACGAGGAGAAGCACGUGCACAUCCUGAUGAGGAACGUCGCCAAGAGGCCGAGGCCGCGGAACCGGACGCCGGCUCAUCAGCAGAAGGCCGCCGCCCGCGAUGGCGGCGGAGCCGUGAAUCCGGGAGGGAGAGAGGGAGGGGUGCCUCGAACGACGGGCAGCGUACCGGGGGACGGCGAAGACGCCAGCAACCGGAGGGGGCGAACGAACGGCAGCAAAAUAAAAGCCGACGAGGAUCUCGGAGCGCUGGCGGCGCACCUUCCCAUCUCGCCCCGAGCCGGGAAGAGGCCGAAGCACCAUGCCUACACCGACAAGCGGAGGCUCGGGGCGCCCUUCGCCGGAGCGCUGGGCCCGGGCAGGGUCUUCGACGGCACGGCGGUGAGCUUCGGCGCUCGCGCGACGGGACCCUUCCGCGCCGGCCUGGCGGCCACCAUGGUAGAGAUGGGGCUCGUGCCGAGCGAGGUGGCGACAGAAGCCGGGUACCCGGAGCUCGCCGAGGAGGAGCGCGCUCUCACGCAACAGGUCGAGAAAAGGGACGCGGCGGAGGGGGCGGAGGGUUCGUCGAGAGCUUUCGGUUCUGCGGGAGAUGGCUGGCGGUCGCGUGUACCGUCGUCCGACCUCAAGAUUGGCUCGUCAAGCUGGAAGUCUCAACCGGCGGAGAGCAGCAUUGAGGAGGAACAACCAGCGCGGAGAAUAGAUACGCCGCGCGGAGCGAGCAGGAGCGGCGGCGACGGCAGCGGCACCAGCGAAGGCUUCCCGGCGAAAGACACCGAAGCACCGCGCGACGGCGGCAGCAGCAGCGCCGGUGGCCGGGGGCAGACCCGAGACGGCGGUAGGGUGAGCGACCACAUGGAUGUGGAGGGGGACGAGAGUAACGGGGUGAAGCACGGUGCCCGAGGGUCCGGGAGGGCGCCGGGCAGCGCCGGGUCGGGGGGGAGUGGGCCGAUUCACGUCCGCCGACCCCCCUCGUCGAGUAGCAGCAACGACGGAGGGGCCGGCGGCGGUGGCGGCGGCAGGCCCGCACGGCAGGAAAAACAAGACGACGCGCCACCCGCGACGAAGGCAAGCGCUGCCGGCGGCGGCGGCGGCGGCGACCGCGAAAAAGUCACUCUCGGGAAGAAAGACCCCCUGCGCAAGGAGAACCGCAUGUGGAACCUGAAACACAUGCGAGCGACCCAAGAGGGCAAGAUGGACGUGUGCGCGUACUGCCGCUUGCACCCGGACGGCGGGCUGAUGGUCUGCUCCAGCCAGGAGCUGGCGAAGAUGCACUCCUUCUGCUUCCCGUGCCUCAAGAGGAAGGACGGGAUAGAAAAGUCUGACCUCGUCGGGGGCGGCAUCAAGUGGGAGUGCCCCACUUGCCGGGAGCGAAGGUCCCGCCCAAAGCGUGGCGCCGGCCCCCCUUCUUCACUGCGCGGGACGACGUGGGCGGGAGGCGGAGGGUUGACGAGCCAGGGCGCUGUGUCGCAGCAGGGGAACGGCCAGCAGGCGUCCGUGGCGGGCGGGCGUUCCAGAGAGCCAGAAGGCGGGGCGGCGGGCUCCGGGGGGGGACACGCGGGGAUAAAGCGGUCGUCGUCCUCAGCCGAGCUGUCAGCGGCGGCGGCAGCCGCUGCCCGGGAGAGCGAAGCGCGUCGCCAGUCGGCCUCCCCUCCCGCUGCGAGGGGGGCCGCCUCCUCUGGCUCGGCAAGAGGAGGUGGGGGCAGCAGGGAAGGGGAUGCGUUUGGCUUCCGCCGAGAUGCCUCCCCCCGCGGAGGUGGUGGCAGCAGCAGCAGCGGCGGCGGGGGCGAAGGGGGCGGCGGGGGCGGCACGUCUCGUGGUGCCGUUGGCAACGGCAGGGGCGUCAGCGGCGGCGACAUCUCCCGGGGGACCGGCGCCGGCGGCAGUCGCCUUGACGUGGAGACAGAACCACAACAACAAGAACAAGAAGACCUCGCCGGCCAGCUGCCGAUCGAACGGCGGCGCCUGCUGCGCAUGGUGACCACGCUCGCGCUCGACCGUCUGCAGCAGCUGGACCCGCUCAACCUGUUCAAGGACCCGGUGCCCGACGGCGUAGAGGGGUACGCGGAGGCGAUCGAGCACCCGAUCGACUUCUCGACCAUCCGGCGGCGGUCGCAGUGGGAGCUGUACGGGUCGAUCCACGAACUCGCCCUGGACGUGCAGCUGCUGUGCGCCAACGCGAGGACGUUCAACGGCCCCGGCACCAUCUACCACAAGGAGGCCACGAACGUUCUCAAGGGUGCGGAACGGAUCUGGCCCCAGGCGCAGGCCCUGCUGGACCGCCUCGCCUCCGCCGAGACCAAGGCCUCCCAGCACAACAUCAUGGGCCCCGCCGCCUCCUCCGAUGCUUGGCCGCUCGACGGGCCCUUCGCCGGCCUCGAGCUCACCCCGGCCAACGAGGACGCGUACUACAUGCACGUGGCCAUCAGGCGCGCUUCCGCGGCCGCUCGCGCCCGCGCGGAGCAGGAGACGAAGGAGGACAAGGAGGAAGGGUCGUCCGCCGCGAGCAGCGGAGGGGGCAAGAAGAAGAGGAGGUCAGAGGGGGAGCUGGCGGCCCGCCGGGGGAGGGUGGAGGCGGCGGUCGAGGUGGCGGUGGCGGUGGCUUCGAGCCCGGCGCUGCUGUACACCCGCGGGGAGAUGGGCGAGGAGGAGAGCGCGCUGAGGGAGUCGCUGUCGCUGUACAGGACCGACUGCACCGACAAGGCUUUGAGGCGACCGGUCGGGAGCGCCAAGUGUGAACCCAUCGACCUCCCCACGUUGCACAAGCGCAGGGCGUACACGCUUCCCAUGCCAACUCCGGUGACCCGGCAGUUCGCUGCCCCGGACGGAGAGUUCCUUGCCCAGUCACCCGAAGGCCAGCCGGUACCCAGCGGCACCAAUCCCAGCCUUGGGGAGGAGAUCAAGGGCGAGGCUCCGAAGGCGGUGGUUCCCGAGUGGAAGGUGCUGCAGGCGGCCCACGCGGCGAGGGAGCGGAGCGGGGAGGAGGCGGGGCGGCACUUGCGCGCGUUCCGGGGGUUCUUGAAGGAGAUCGCGGUCGUCUCGAGGACACGCCUACGCUUGGGGAAGUCGACCGUACAGGGGUUCGGCGUCUUCACCACCCAAGCCAUCGGUGCCCAUGAGCUGGUGGCCGAGUUCGUGGGGGAGCGCAUUAAGCUUGACGAGGCGAAAAAGCGAGUCGAGGGGUACCGCCGGACCAACACUCAGGAACGCGUUGUUCGCCUCGGGGAGGACGAGAUGUUCAUCGACGCCACUCGCAAGGGAAACCUCGCUCGGGCCUUGAACCACUCGUGCGACCCAAACGUCUACAUGCUGGCGGUGACCGCGGGCAAGGGUGACUCGCAAGAGAGGCGCGUUUGCUUUUUCUCCCUGAGGGUUAUUCCCGCCGGAGAGGAGCUCUUGUACUCGUACCCGCCCCCUCACACCGUCGGCCUAGGAGGAUCGGCGGUGGCUAUGGAGUGCGCUUGCCGGGCGCCGGGGUGCCGCGGGCGCCAAAGCAAGAAAGAGGAUCAGCUUUAAGAGAACGCGCGUUCUUUUCUACCCUCUUCUUUUUUUUGUUUUCGGAUGGUCUUGUUAGGCAGGCAAAAGGUUUUGUGUCGCCGUCUGAAUCGAGGCAGUGCCAUA